CAUCAGCACUAUUGUGUCCGCCUCCUCAAAUAUGAAAAACAGAGCUGAUGAUCAGACGUUAGUAUUUGCUCUCAGAAACUCACCUGUGAAGCUCCAAAGCAGGUCGGAGGAGGAACAGUGGACUUUUUGUCUCUGAUCUGAUCACAGACCAGAAAGAGAAAUCAUGCAGGCUUCAGAAGAAAUGGAAAAAAGUCUCAGAGAAAUGCUAGAAAUGCUGUUGUUACUCAGAGUUAAACGCUUUCUUUGGAACACCUUGCAGAACUUGGACCAAAGGGAAGAACUACUAAAGUCUGCAAUAGAAAACUGCAGGAACCAAAGAGUCCUGCAGUGGCUGAGAGACGGUUCAGAGUCCGGAGCCUUCUCCCAUCUCGUGGACAUGUUUAAUUUCCUGAAAGAACGCAUCGACGUGGAAGAGAAGAAGAACCACAGCAACAGUGUAGACAUCACCUUUGUGGCCCACGGAGCGAUCGGAGACUUCAUGAUCCCAGCCAGCUGCCUCCUGCCUCUGCCCUCCAUCACAGACGUGCUCCUGUAUUCUCCCUGGAACUGCACCAGUAGUGCUGACGUAUCAUAUGGUGUCGCUACAGGACGCAUCAGGCCGCAGCACAGAGUUUUUAAAUGUGCCAAAGAUGACGGCUGUCUGAUUCCUGAUGGAGAGCAUCGGCCUGUGAAACUGCCAAACUACUGGAACUCCAUGAAGACAGCUGGAGAUCAAAUGAUUCCCAACAUCACUGUCAGUCCUCUCAAACCCCCAGAGGACGGUGUCUGGAAGAGAUACGUGUCUCUCACAAAGAAAUACGGUGAACCUGAGAGAAACCGCAUCGUCAUCCCGUUCAUCCUCCCAGCAGAGAGGACGUCUUUACAAAGCGUCCCGUUCUCUGUCGUCUGUUUGGCCGCCUCGCUGGUGCUGCUGUCCUCCAGGUUUCAAGCCACCCUCCAUCUGAGUGCCUGUCUGGGGGAUCAGUCUGCUGGACAGAAGUUUGACAAAGACUAUCUGCAGACUCAGUAUGCCUGCGCUGUGGACAGCACUGUGAUGACACCUUCAGCAGACAUGUUCACUUUGACCUGGAGAGAUGCUUUUAGAUACUGGUUUGGUUAAACAUCGGUCAGGUCUGAGGCCUCCUCACUGUCAAAACUGGGUUAGCAGUUAGCAUCCAGCUGUCAAUUAAGUUCUCAGAUUUCACUUCCUGUUUACAAAUAUGUUCACAAUCUUCAGAACAUGACAUGACAUUUUGUAUCAGAGAAUGAAUCAGUCACAGCCAAAGUAAUGUUCAACUGCUCCAGUCUGUAGUCCACACGUGGUUCAAAAAGACCACCAGCCCCUGUCCCCAAACCGCUAGUAAGGAAGCUGCAACACCCUCGACCGUUAGGGUCUACAGAGGGUGGUGAAAACUGCUCAGCAUCAUCAAGAGGACAGAGUUGCUGUCCAUGGAGGACAUAUACACUCAGCAGUGCAGAAAGAAGGCCAACAGGAUCACCAGAGACCCCAUCCACCACGAACCAAAGUGUCCUACCUGUUGCUGGUACCGCAGCAUCUGGUCCCACACUACCACACUUCUCAGGGAAAGCUUCAUCCCUCAGACCAUAAGACCGCUGAACUGUUGAGCUCAUUACUGUCACUUUACUGGCACCUUAAAUGACUGAUGUCACUUUAAACUUCUCAACUGGCAAACUUACUGAUGGCACCUGAUUACAUCUUAAGAUAUAUAUUUACAACAGCAGUAUAACAGUCUACACUAUAUUGCCAAAAGUUAGUACAUUUAGUACACCCUUCUGAAUCUUUGAAUUCAGGUCUUCCAAUCACUUCCAUGGCCACAGGUGUAUAAAAUCAAGCCCCUAGGCUGCAGACUGCUUCUCCAAACAUCUGUGAAAGAAUGGGUCGCUCUCAGAAGCUCAGUGAAUUCAAGCGUGGUACCGUGAUAAGUUGACACCAGUGUGAGUCCAUUAGUGAAAUUUCCUCACAACUAAAUAUUUCACAGUCAGCUGUUAGUGGUAUGAUAACAAAGAGGAAGUGAGUGGGAACAACAGAAACUCAAACAAAGUGGUAGGCCACAUAAAAUCACAGAGCGUGGUCAGUGCAUGCUGAGGCGCACAAUGUGCAGAAGUCAGCAACUUUCUGAGUCGAUAGCUACAGACCACAAAACGUCGUGUGGCCUUCGGGUUAGCUCAAGAACAGUGCGUAGAGAGCUUAAUGGAAUGGGUUUCCAUGGCCGAGCAGCUGCAUCCAAGCCUUGCAUCACCAAUGCAAAGCGUCGGAUGCAGUGGAUUCCUGACGGCCGGUGUGGAGGGGGUGCUGCCGGCGAUGCAAAGGCCUUUGCGUGUGUUGAAAAUUUCCACCUCGAGCGAGAAAGACGCAUGGCGCUAAGUCACGAUAUCCUAUCAUCGUUGAUAUUGUCCGGAUGUAACCGACAGCUACGGAGUGUUGUUUGGAGAGGACCAGAAAGAGUGGAGGAGUAAAAUGCCCCUGGUCGAUGGAGAGCUGCUAAACUAUGGGGAGAUGUCGAGGACAGAGCCGGGAGCAGCGCUGCAGCUUUUGGACACAUAAACACCCGUCGUCGGACUGGAUUAUGGUCUCAAAACUAUGCCGGAGGAGCUCGGAGUAAACCGCUUUUAUUAAAUGAGCUUUUUACUUUAGUUUUUGGGAUUACAAAGUUGAUUUAACUUCACUGGAUCUUCUCGGCCGCGAGCUUCCGUGUUUUUCCAGUUCCACUGUUGUCGUUAGCGUCGGUUGGCACGCAGAGCUCUGUUGGACAACUACUUCAUAUAAUUACAUAAAAAACGGACAAAACUUAGCAUUACUUGGAGAAAAGAAAGCAAGGAAGUUGAACUACCUGGUGAGUUCAGAAAAUAUGUGUCUGUAACUUUAUUGCAGCUUUCGUUGUACUUUACUGUG